AAAAUCAUGGGCGUUGCCGAUUCAGUUGAUCUAUUGAAUGUAAAUAAAAGAGGAAAAAGGAAAAGAAUAAAGAUCAACUGUGACAAUGCAAAGACAUGUCAUUCAGUAAAUGAGUAGUCCCACUCUGCUUGACUAUGAUGUGGGGAAAACGCGUUUCUCCUCUCUUUCCACACAAUUUCAGCGAAACAACAUUUUAAACAUAUUAAUCAAAUCUGAAAAAAUUCAUAUUAUAUAGUUAAUUCUAUAUUGUGAUCGUAAGCUAGAGAGAGAAAAGUUUAGAGAGAGAGAGAGAUUAGAGAGAUGUACUCAUCUAGGGAUAAUUGGGAGAGGUUAGUGACAGCGGUUGUACGGAAGCAGCAGAUUUGGGAACUAUUCCACUCUCACUCUAUCAGCACCGUCGCUUCAUCAGUGGAUGACGAUGAUCGUUUCAACGAACAAUUUCUCGAGAGUAAAAGAUGGGCAGUAGCUACAUCUGUAUCUCGGCCACCUCCACUGCAACUUAAUAACCCGCCUACUGUCUCUCCAGUUGGCAAGAAAUCCGGUGGAGCCAAUAUCACACGAAAGCUAUUUCCUGCUAAUUGGUACAAAGGAAAGAAACCACGGCAAAAACAUCAUAUCAUUAAUAUUCCUGCCGGUUAGUUUUCUAAAUGUGGAUUUAAAUUACAUUACUUGUUUACAGGUAAUCUAAUUGCUAGUAUGUUCCUACAAGCUUUUUCCCAUGUCCGUUGUGCUCGUAAUAUCAGCACAUAACUCCCUUGUGGUUGAUGGGGGUAACUGCCGGUAGUUUUUCUGUCAAACUUAACCGCGUGUGUCAAAUUUGAAGGGGGUCAUCUGCAGAAAU